AAUCAUUCAAACAAGUAGUUUUAAUGUGAUGACUUAAAAACUUUUUCUGAAGAUUGUAUAUUGUCGUACACCCGUCCAUCAUCCGCUCCCAAUUUUGCACAGAGACAUGAAUAUCACCAAUCUGGAUCAGGCCCAGGCCCCCAACCCCCCCGAAAAAAAAGUUGCCGACCAUAGCUCUAAAAUAUCUACUGAAAAUACCUACGGUACUGAUCCGGAUAUCAUUUCAACAUUUGUAACAUCCUUCCCUCAAUGCAAAUUACAGUCAGUUCAUGUUAGACCACUCUGUUUUCUUUCUGUUAAUACAAGAGGUCAAGCCUCCGAAAAUCAGCAUCAUUGGUUACAAAAACCUCUGGUAUCAAAACGAUAUAACUUACCAUACCGGUACCAGAAAAACAGGCAAUUAAUUCAUUGUUUCAUUGCUAACCCAGCAUUUAUAGUUUGUGUCUGUAAUACAAUAUUUACAGAACGUUGGAGAUCUACGUUAUUCAACUGUGUAUCAAAUAUUAUUACUAAUUCCAAUCUAUUACGGCCAUUUAAUACUACAUGUGGGGGAUAUCAUAGACUAUUUUCAAACUUUGGUAAACAUUAUCUCACUUGUCAAUGUUGUAAAAUAAAAUACACAAGUUCUUGUGGAAAGAUGGAAAAGUCUACGAAAAAACGUAAGCAUGAAGGUGAUAAAGAUAAAACAUCGCAACCUAAAAAACAAAAAAUUACUGAAACCAUCAAAAGCAGUCAAAAGACAACGCCAAAUGAAAAAACAUCACUAGCGAAAAAGCCAACACCAUCAAAAGAACUGUCUCCGACUAAUAAACAGAAAAAGGAUAGUGACAAGGCUGAUGAUGAUUUUCGAAGUAAAAUCGUGAGUAGGAGAACCAGUGUUUUUAAAUCAGUCAUGGAGUUUAAAUUCAAUAAGAAACGUGUACGCGUUUUAUCAAUGGCAAAAGAUUCUCCAGAUGAUUGUAAUGGGCUUGUUUAUUGGAUGUCACGUGAUCAACGUGUUCAGGAUAACUGGGCGUUCCUCUACACACAAAGACUGGCAUUAAAGAUGGAAGUCCCACUACAUGUGUGUUUUUGUUUAGUGCCCAAAUUUUUAGAAGCUACGAUACGUCAAUUCAGUUUCAUGUUAAAAGGUUUACAAGAAGUUGAAGAGGAAUGCAGAGAUUUAAAUAUACCAUUUCAUUUACUAGUGGGUUAUGCUAGAGAUGUAUUACCACAAUUUGUUAGUGAAAAUAAGAUAGGAGGAGUCGUGACUGAUUUCUCACCGUUACGAGUUCCCAUGGCAUGGGUAGAAGAUGUUAAAAACCAAUUACCUAAAGAUGUUCCAUUUAGUCAGGUUGAUGCUCACAAUCUUGUACCGUGUUGGGAAGCGUCACCAAAAUUAGAAUAUGGAGCUCGAACAAUUCGGAAUAAAAUCCACAAUCAGUUAUCUCAAUAUUUAACUGAAUUUCCACCAGUUAUAAAACAUACCUAUAGAGUAAAAGACAUGCCAGAGCGUGUAGAUUGGAAGGCAGCAGAAGAUAGGCUAGAAGUGGAUAGAUCAGUAUUAUUACCCGAAUGGUGUACACCUGGAACAAAUGGAGGCCUUAACAUGUUAGAAUCAUUCCUUAAAGAAAGAUUGAAAUAUUUUGCAACAGAAAGAAAUAUACCUAAUAAAAAUGCUCUUAGCAACCUGUCUCCAUGGAUACAUUUUGGUAACAUAUCUGUGCAGAGAUCUGUUUUAAUGGUGAAAGAAUACAGAAGUAAAUAUAAAGACAGUGUGGAAGGAUAUAUAGAGGAAGCAGUAAUUAGACGAGAAUUAGCUGAUAAUUUCUGUUAUCAUAAUAAAAACUAUGAUAGCAUUGAAGGAGCGUAUGAUUGGGCAAAAGAGUCUUUAAAGUUACACUGGGAUGAUAAACGAGAAUACAUUUAUACACGACCACAACUAGAACUAUAUGAAACACAUGAUGAUUUGUGGAACGCAGCUCAGCAUCAAAUGGUAACAGAAGGUAAAAUGCAUGGAUUUUUACGGAUGUACUGGGCUAAGAAAAUAUUAGAAUGGACACCUAAUCCGGAAAUAGCUUUAAAAGAAGCUAUUUAUUUAAAUGAUAAAUAUCAACUGGAUGGUCGGGAUCCAAAUGGUUAUGUUGGUUGUAUGUGGUCUAUUUGUGGUAUACAUGAUAGGGGCUGGAAAGAGAGACCUGUAUUUGGUAAAAUACGCUAUAUGAACUAUAAAGGAUGCACACGAAAAUUUGAUGUUCCAGCAUUUGUUAAGGCCAAUUCUCACGGUGCGACUUGUAGUAACUACUUGUAGUAUUGACCCGAGAUGCAGCGUGAGAACACCCUAGUCGUACCAACUUUUACAAGCUCCCAACCAGUUGAAAGCGAGUUGAGCGAAAUAGAAACUUCCCUAUUUUAGUCAACAGAUCGUAUGAAAUUAACCAAUCAGAGACGUCGAGUAUUAGUACAAACACAAGUUCUCUCCCUUUGUUGUUGGUAAACAUGGACGCGAAGCGCACCCAUCAAGGGCCUUCUUCUUCAAAUUCACGUAAUAGGGAACUGUACGCGCCGGCAGUGGGUCUACGCAGUAUCCACUGUCUAACCCAGACGGAUUUGGGUUUUCUCUUUUUCUUUUUGUUCUUAUUUAUCAAAUGUAGGGCAAUAAUAGCCAGCGUCUCUUCGUCGCUUGAUGACGCCAUUAUGCUAAGACAAGACGAGAUUAUCGCGAGAUUCCAAGUCGUAUCAACACAUUUAUAUACGAUUUUGUAAUCUACAUGUACAUACUACAAAUAGUUACUACAAGUCGCACCGUGAGAACGGGCCUUUAGAAAAUAUCGGGUCAAGAAACCUCUUCCAGCUAAAAAGUAACAAGACUUGUGAGUUGUAGUAAUGCGAAUACUAAUGCUGAAAAUGUUGGUCAAUGGAUCCAAACCUAUAAUGAAAGUCAAGGGACACUAUUCAAGUUAAUGAGUAGGCUAAUUCACCACAAGAACAAUGUGACAUUCUUUGUAAAUCAUGUGCUGAUUGUGAAAUAACUGGAAGUCUGAAGAUCUGAGGUAAAUAAUGAAGGACAUUCAGAUUUCAGACAAAUGUUGGUCAACUUUCUUUAGAUAUGAAUAAUUUUAUUGAAUUGUUAAUCGUUCUGAUGGGGCCUUGAUUUUAAUGGAGGGAUGACACAUUCCUUCUCAUCUAAUCUCUUACAUCUUGAGGUGUGGAACAGAGAUGGCUUCUUCAAUAAUAACUCUAGCUGUUGGUUUGAAGACAUACAACUUCCUUAGGGAAGAAUGAUUGAUUCAUUAUCAGAUUUCGUACAAUUAUCUGUUGUUCUCUAUGGUACACCAAACCCUUUCAUUUUGAUUUGUAAAAAACACUGCCACUAUAUGAUUUAUUAUUAAAACACUGCCACUAUG